CCCCCCCCGCUCUCUCUCUACCCCACCUUCCCCUAUUCCUCUGUGUCCCCUCGUAUUCUUCCUCGAUUCGCCCCACGCGAACCUAAACCCUAGAUCGGUUUCUCCCUCCGUUCUGCUCCGAGAUUGGCGUUCUCGGAGUGGGAAUGGUGGAUUAGGGCUCGCAUCGAGCUAGAGAGAGGGCGGUCAUUGGCUGCAGAACUCUAAUGUUUUGAAACAUUGGGGUCGGGGUUAGGGUUAGGUUUGUCCAUGUAUGUUGCUGAGCUGAAGGAGCGGCACAUGGCCGCGACGGCGACCGUGAACGGUCUGCGCGAGCGGUUGAAGCAGAGGCGGCAGGCGCUUCUCGACACCGAUGUUGCUGGAUAUGCUAAGAGCCAUGGGAAAACGGCGAUUAGCUUUGGCUCCACGGAUCUGGUUUGCUGUAGGACCCUGCAGGGUCAUACGGGGAAAGUCUAUUCGCUGGAUUGGACUCCUGAAAGGAAUCGGAUAGUUAGUGCUUCUCAAGAUGGGAGAUUAAUUGUGUGGAAUGCCUUGACAAGCCAGAAAACGCAUGCUAUAAAGCUUUACUGUGCUUGGGUCAUGACAUGUGCCUUUGCCCCCAACAGUCAGUCUGUUGCAUGUGGUGGCCUUGAUAGUGCGUGCUCUAUUUUCAAUCUCAAUUCUCAAGUUGAUAGAGAUGGAAAUAUACCAGUAUCAAGAAUACUUACUGGGCACAAGGGCUAUGUAUCAUCUUGUCAGUAUGUCCCAGAUCAGGAGACUCGACUGCUUACCAGCUCAGGGGAUCGGACAUGUGUCUUAUGGGAUGUUACUACUGGUCAGAGGAUCUCCGUCUUUGGAGGCGAAUUUCCAUCAGGACACACAGCUGAUGUGUUGAGUGUCUCAAUCAACUCUUCAAAUUCAAAUAUGUUUGUCUCUGGUUCAUGCGAUGCUACUGCUCGACUGUGGGAUACUCGAAUUGCUAGUCGAGCAGUCCGAACUUAUCAUGGUCAUGUCGGGGAUGUUAAUGCUGUCAAAUUCUUCCCUGAUGGGCAAAGAUUUGGGACUGGCUCUGAUGAUGGCACAUGCCGAUUAUUUGACAUGAGGACAGGACAUCAACUUCAAGUUUAUGGUCAGCAGCAUGACAAUAAUGAUAAUGAUGUUCCCAUUGUCACAUCCAUUGCCUUCUCAAUAUCGGGUAGACUCCUUUUUGCUGGAUACUCCAAUGGUGAUUGUUAUGUGUGGGACACACUGGUAGCUGAGGUAGUCCUGAAUUUGGGAACUCUGCAAAACUCUCAUGAGGGCCGCAUAAGCUGCCUAGGUUUGUCAUCUGAUGGGAGUGCCUUAUGCACAGGAAGUUGGGACAAAAACCUAAAGAUUUGGGGCUUUGGAGGACACAGGAAGGUGAUCCAUUCUUUGCGUUGAUAGCACUUGUGGAAUAUCUCAGUUUGGUGCCCAACUUGGAGGACCAUUUUCUUGCAAAUGCCAGCUAGCUCUUGUACGAUGGAUUCUGCUGUAUCUUGCCCCCUAAAGCUACAAGUCCUGAUUCCAUGAAGCUCAAGCAUCUUGAGAUAUCAAUUUUUUUAAUGGGGGCACUUGCGUGAGAUAGAGAAAAGGUUGCAGAAAUGCCAUCAGGACUGUCGUGCAUCAUUUCAAUUAUCUGUUGUCAUUUGUAUAAUUAGAUUCCGGUAACUCCUUUUUCGUCAUAUUAUUUGUAAAAUGUAAUGUCUUUUGUUGGUUUUUUUAGGCUAGAGAAUGUUAUCUCAUCCUGUCUGUACUCUGUUUGGUCUGUACAACUUGGUUUGGUAUCUUGACUUGAUAUUUUGUUUGCUAUUUGAACUUCAGAGAUGGUUU